UUUAUUUAUUGAUUGAAUGUUGUAAGGUUACAAUUGAACUGUAAUAUUUUAAACUGAAUUUUUGUUUUACUUCAUGUAGUCCAAUUAAAACAUUUCAAUUACAUUAAACAAUUUUUUUUCUUAUCUUGAGAUAAAUAUAAACAUAGGGCAUAAACAUAAAGUGUCUGUUUUUAAUAGGUAAUUGUAAACUACACUACAAUGUAUUUACUUCUAAAGGAUUUAAAUGAGAAUGCCAGUAGCUAAGUUUUAUCUGUGUCUCAUCUACCAACCAGGUUUCAUGGCAUGGAUUGACUGCAAGACAAUCAAAACCUAACCCAACACCUAGUAACUACUCUAAUAGGAUGCCUCAUGGCCAUCAAACCAUGUCCUAUCCAACCCUGGACCAAGAAGCCAUAAAACGAGAGACCCUAGAGUGUCCUUCUUGUUUGAGGACAUUUAUUGAACCCAAUUUGUUCAGCGACCAUGUAAUCAGCUGUGCUGCUGCUGGGAACUACACCAGUGUUCAGUGUAGGGUGUGUCCUCUGAUGUUGGAGUCUACAGAGGAGUUGACACAUCACAUGAGAGCUGUCCAUCACUAUUUUCCCUGCUCACAGUGCACCAUCUGGUGUCCUACAAUGGCAGCGCUUCAUGGGCACAUUCACAGGGAACACAAACCAAAAUUUGUCUGUUCCAUUUGUACAAAGACGUUCCACUGUAAAAUCAACUACAAAGGCCACAUGAAUAUGCAUUUGGGGAAAAAACCCUAUGUGUGUGCUAAAUGUGGAAAAACCUUUGCUUACCAACAAUCUCAAUAUGCCCACCAAAAAAUGUGCAACUAACAAUUUUUUUUUAGUUUUAAAUAUGUACAGGUUUUUAUAUGCCCCACAGUGUUAACAAAUUGUUAAGGGUGAUGUUUAUGAAUAGACAUAAAUAAGUAAAGCAGGACAAAUAACCAUUAUAUUAGAUUUAGUUUUGUCUACUUUGUGUCAUUCUUGUUUUGAUAAAUUUUAAUGUAAGUUAAAAUUUUUUUCAAAAAUGUCUUUUUAAAAAUUUUUUUUUAAUGCAUAACUGUAUGAGUGAAAUAUAGAAAUGUAUUUAUAAAAAGUUUAAGUUACUAUCAAUUAUCAAAUAAUUUUGAAAAAUCUGUAAACCUUAUGUUGUUACAAUAUCAUUUUUCACAAAGCUGUAAUCUCUCAAAACUUUUUAUUCUAAUUUUGUUCUUACGGUUAUAAGCUAUUAACCCACAUAUUUUCUGUUGUAUUAGCUUUGUUUUGUUUUUAAAAAUUAGGCUUGGACUUGUUCUACCAAAAGAGUUUUUAAGAUUAAUAUUUCAUUGAAUGUUGUGCUGAGUGUU